GUCGGUGUGACGUGGUUUCCGGUGACGCUCACAGUCAUGGCCUCGCGCUCGGCUCCCGGCGGCUUCAUCAUCACUGUGGGCGGCGGCAUAGCGGGAGCCACCUGUGCCGAGCAGCUGGCUGCACAGUUUCCAUCAAAAGAGACGCUUUUAAUCACUGCAUCGUCAGUUAUUAAAGCCGUAACAAAUCUCAGACAGGUUUCAAAAACAUUGGAAGACUUUGAAGUGGUAGAGAGACCAACUCAUGUGCUUCAAGAGCGCUACCCCAAUAUUAAAGUGAUUCAUUCUGCAGUCAAAGAACUGGAUGCAACGCAACAUAAAAUUUGGACGGAAGAUGGUGAGGAAUAUAACUAUGAGAAGCUUUGUAUAUGCGCAGGAGGCAAACCAAAGCUAAUAAUCCAUGAAAAUCCAUAUGUUUUAGGAAUUCGGGAUACUGAUAGUGCUCAGGAAUUUCAAAAACGUUUGGCUAAGGCCAAAAGGAUUACAGUUGUAGGAAAUGGAGGCAUAGCAUUGGAAUUGGUCUAUGAAAUUGAAGGAUGUGAAGUAAUUUGGGCGAUAAAAGAUAAAGCUAUCGGCAAUACUUUCUUUGAUGCAGGAGCAGCUGAAUUUCUGAUUCCUCAUCUCAGGGCUGAGAAGCCUGAGGCAGCUCUACCCUGUAAAAGGACAAGGUACACAAUGGAAGAACGGAUAAGGAAAGGUAUUCCUGAAGAUGAACAACAUGGCAGUGCUUUGGGACCAGACUGGCAUGAGGGCAUGGAACUCAAAGGAACUAAAGAGAUCUCUCACAAAGUCCAUGUCGAGUUUGAGUGCGAACUUGAUAGGAUGUACCUACAAGAAGAGUUUGCAGUAUUGCAGAAAACCUCGCUGGCAUUCCCUGAAAAAGGUUCUGUUGAAGGAAAAGAAGCAACUGCAGAAGAAUAUUGGCCUGUUUAUAUACAGUUGUCAAAUGGAAGAAUCUAUGGGUGUGAUUUUAUCGUAAGUGCAACUGGCGUAGCACCAAAUAUUGAACCGUUCAUCAAAAGCAACACAUUUGAUGUAGCAGAAGAUGGAGGACUUAAAGUAGAUGAACACAUGCGUACUUCACAGCCAGACAUCUUUGCUGCUGGCGAUAUCUGUACGGCCUCCUGGGAACCUAAUUCUCUUUGGCAACAGAUGCGACUGUGGACACAGGCUCGGCAGAUGGGAUAUUAUGCAGCAAAAUGUAUAGCUGCAGAAAUAUCAGGAGAAUCUAUCGAAAUGGACUUCUGCUUUGAACUGUUUGCUCACGCUACCAAAUUCUUCAAUUUUAAGGUAGUGCUAUUGGGAAAGUAUAAUGGCCAAGGUUUGGGCGCAGAUCAGGAGUUAUUGUUGCGAUGCACGAAAGGCCACGAGUAUGUGAAAGCUGUGAUGCAGAAUGGAAGGAUGAUGGGAGCUGUGCUUAUUGGUGAAACUAAUUUGGAAGAGACCUUCGAAAAUCUGAUUUUAAAUCAGAUGGAUCUUUCCUCAUAUGGAGAAGAGUUGCUUAAUCCAAACAUUGACAUUGAGGAUUAUUUUGAUUGAGCUGAGCUAAUAUGCAACACAUAAGUUAACCUGCACUUUAUUUCCCGGGUUGAUUCAAAAGCACUGGUGAGGAUGGGUUGUAAAUGAAUGAUUUUUAUUUUUGAUAAGGUAUCAUCACGUGAUUGAUUUUCAAUGUCAGCCGUUUGCAUUGGAUUGGAUUCUAUCGAAAAAAGCAAAUGAUUGCUUGGAAUAAUGGUCCGUGCUUGAUCCUCGCUUCUAACAGGAAAAGAGCGCGCAGUU